AUACGCUACUCUUUCAGUUCUGCUAGAUUUGAAGCUUUCAUUUCACCUUUUUAGAUUUUAAUUGGUUCCAUUUUUUAAUUUGGUUUUGUUUGUUUCCCCUUAUUGUUAUUGUUCACUGAUUCAAACGUGUUAGUUAUGUGCUUUAUCCUCUCGUCUUUUCUAUCCUACCUUUUUACUCUUUUUCGUCUUUUAGUUUGUAGAAUUUAUUUUAUUGGAGAAUUUCCGACAGUGCAAUUUUCAUUCGGUGUGCAUCUUUACAUUACAAAAAAUUGGGAAUAUGUGUUUGUAUUUAUGUUAUUGGAUUUUUUUUUGGCAAUGCAGUGUUCAUUUUUUGUAGGAGGGUUCCCUUAUUAUGCAUAUCCGUGUUGAAUUGGAAGGAAUAAAAAUUUGGGGAGAGGGAGAGAACAUUUUCAAUUUUAUAUUUUUUAAAUGGAAAUAAGUUACCUUUAUUAUUUGUUUUGAUAUUAUUUGGAAAGCGUUUUGAAGAGUUCAUUGGGCCUAUUGGAAAUAGUGUUAUUACCUUGUAAAUUUGUUUAAGCUUAUUUCAAAAGUUAAGAUCCUUAAUUUGUUACAGGAAGCUUCAUAGUUAAGCUUAUAGUUGUUUUAUAAAAGUUAUGUUAGGAUUAGCUUCUCUGUAGAUCCUUUUAGGGAAAAAAAUUAAGAAGAAAAUGAUCAAUUUGACUUCUGCAUAAGCUAAAUUAGCUUAUGCACAUGUUUAAAAAAAAAUAAAUAGAGAAACUACAAACACACAUAUAUAUGAGAAAAACUCAAAUUUGUACAUGUAUAAGCUAAUUUUUCUUUUCAUUCUUUUUAUCUUUAGAGAGCUUAUUGAGAAGUUCGUUCAAACUAGCCUAGAAGAUUUUUCGAAUAAGUACUAAUGAAACAGUUAUUCUCUUUGUUUCUUGAAAGUUUGAAUAGAUGAAAUUUGAUCAUCCAUUAUCUGCCAAUGGCAAUUUCAGUGGGUGUGUACAAUUAACUGAUGAAAUUCAAUUUUCAAUUUAGUUUACCAAAUAUUUCUUGACAAUUGUCCUUCUGUAGAAAAUGCAUUAGAAGAAAAAGGAUCGUGGUCUUAUAUUGUUUGUACUUUCCUUUAGCACAGCUGGCUCACAUGUUUAAACGAACCCAUCCAUGUUCAUUGCUGAUUCUCAUUCACUUGGUAUUUAUUUUUAUUUUUUUUAAUUUAAAAGCGGUUGUUCAUCUUGAAAGGUACUGAGUUACAAGCUUCUCAAGCGUGAUGGGAACACAAAAAUCUAAUAUGUUUGAUACAGCUUACAAUUAUUUGGUGCCUGAAGAUGAAAUUCUUGACAAACCUUUGCCAACACACUGGGCUCCUUCUAUGCAGGCAUAUAACAAUUCUGCGUCUACCCCGAUUCCCUUUUUAUAUCAACACGCAGCUGGUUACAUGCCUCUCUAUAUGUGGCCAAACCAGGCAAACUGCACACUACUUCAAUCUGAUGUUUUACAGGAUCCAAUGAAGCUCUCCAGUAAACCUAAAGUAUCUGAGGAUGCUGUACUGGCCUUUUCAGAAAUAGUACACAGGACUUUUGGCGAGCAAAACCUAAAUUCAAUAAAAAAAUGUGCUAGAAACUUACAACCUAAAAGUUUAAUACCUAAGGAAUCAAGAGGAGAUGGAAGCAAUUCUUCGAUACUGAAAAACAAGGAUAGAGUGUUGUGCAGUGAAGCAUAUGGAAACAAGGGAUCACUACAUGAAGACCAUGACACUGCUAAUGAUUUUCCUUCAACUAAGGAGCAAUACUGUAAUUUGAUGCUUGAAAAUGCAAGUUCAACGCAACCAAAUCAGGGUUUGGAGACGGGCCUAGAUGCAAUUGGCACUAACACUGAACUUGUGAAGUUGGAAAAGGAUGAAAUAAGAAGAGAAAGAAAAAGACAGUCGAAUAGGGAAUCGGCUAGGAGAUCAAGGAUGCGGAAAGAGAGGGAAUGUGAAGAGUUACAUAAAAAAAUGGAAAUUCUUAAGGAUGAAAACUCCGUGCUCACACAAAGGCUCAAGAGUCUUUCUGAGGAAUGUCUGGAAAUCUGCAAUGAAAAUGAUGCGAUAGAGGAAGAGCUGGUUAAAAUGUAUGGAACAGAAUCAAUAUCAUAUCUGUUGGCCAUGAAGCCACGCUGACUCUGUUACUGGUUAAGGAUCAUUACAAUUGAUCAAAGUAUAUUGUUUUAUUUUUUUAUUAGGGCAAGUUUUGAGUUGUGACCCUGCCUUUCUACUUGGCUUAAGGAAGUAAGUAUGCGAAAAAUAGGGAUUUCUAUAAUAACAACACAUUUAAGGUGGAAUAAGGUAUCAAAAUUCUUGAAUUAACUUCGUCUAAAUUUGUUGUUAAAUAAGCUAAACCACCCUAACUAUUUAAUUUUGCUUUUUAUUUAAU